CCCCUGUAUAUUCACACAACCCUGCCUGAAACCACCCCACCUGAGUCAGGCUCUCCCCAGAACCCGGGAGGGAGGUGACAGAUGCUAGGCUGAGUCUACGCACCGCGAAUACUUUAUGAAGCGAUACCCCCCCUGAAAUCGUUGUCAAACAAUCCGAGUGAAUAUCCACAUGAUAAUGGGGAGAAAGUACUUGCGAGAUUUUCUGGAGACACACCUCGAACAAAAUGCAGAUACCGAUUCAUGUCCAACGACUCUUAGACCGUGCCGAUUUCCAGCAUGUCAGCUCUGAGUGCCACGAGAACUGGACUUACACGCGCAGGGAGCGGAAUCAAGAGAUCAGAUGGUCUGAAUCUCCUGCUCCCGAAUUCCUCAAACACCACGAGGAUCUUAAAGAAUGGCUUGAGCGCAAGGGCCCCAAUGGCAUUCAUUUCAAGCCGCCAAAGUCUCAAAGAUUCGAGGAUGCUAAGCUUGUCGGAGGGUUUCGAAUAUUGAUUCAACGCACUAGAAUAAAGCGUGAAUUGGAUGGCCGCUGUAAAAAUGCGACGUCUGCAGUUAAGCCUCAAUCCCAUCUUACGAUGCAGUGGAAGGACCCAACGACGUUUCACCGAGUUGCCGCGGCCUUGAAUUUCCUGCCGACAUAUGUCUCUGCAUUAUAUCAUGCUUCUGGGCAUGCAGAAUUAUCGACAUUCAUUAAAUCCGGGCAGGAAAAUGAAUGCAUAGGUAAAUCAUUUCUUCCCAUUGUCGAUGGUCUUCUCAUAAAGCUGGCACCCAGGUUUCCUCGCACAGAAUACCGACUAUAAUUGGGACCCUUGGUCCCUUGCACUUUGUUACGACCCUCAGACUAGAAUUACCACUGGGAACUUUUGUGCAGAGCAAGAGAAA